UAAAGUAGAAAAAAAGAGUUGUGAAAAUUGUAAAUUUGUGCGUCUUUUUUACUAUGCAAAACAAUAUUUUAUUCGUAUUGGACUUCGGAGUAAUUUUCUAAAUUUUAUCGGUUUCUAUAUGAAGCUGUUGAAAUUAUAAAGGAUUUAGGUAAACAGUAAAGUACAAUCUGCACCAUAGGUUUGACGCCAUAUAAUGGACGCUGACACCGUACUGGAAAGAACGGCGCCAAGGGAUUACAGGCUCGUUUGUAGAACGUGCCUUGCUUCCGAUGCCGAAUUUUACAAACUCGAUUCACCAAUAUUCUUAGAAGAUGACGAUACGGACGAAAAACCCGUCAGCUUUAUGGAAUGCUUGCGUUACUGUACACGUUUGGGCGAUAAUGAUGAUAGUGAAAAAUUGAAUUUUCCAAUUUACAUAUGUACUGAAUGCAGUGCAUCCUUGCAAGUGUCCUACAAUUUUAUACGAAAUGCACUUGAAGCACAUGAAAUUUUACGUCAAAAAUUGAGUGAAAAUACUGAUAUGCAACUUAAAAAACACAAAGUUCAGCGUAAAAAUGGUAUUAUGGACGAAGAUGGGCGCAAAAGUGCGGGGUUAGAAGACGGUGUAGAGUCGGAUGCGGCAAAAAUGCGUUUUCGGUGUAAAAUAUGCAAUGAGAAAGUCGAAACAAAGAAAACAUUAAAAGAACACAUCAAAUUGCAUUUAGAUAUAAUUUCUUAUUGCUGUGAACUGUGUAGUUUUGAAUGCAAGAAAAGAACUUUACUAUUUGAUCAUUAUAAAUUAGCGCAUAACACCCAAGCGACGCGCGAUCAGUUAAAACCAAAAACAAAACAGCCUAUGAAAAAAGAACAAGAAAUCGAUAGUGAAGAUCCAAUAACACAAGAAAUGGAGAAAAUACACAACACACAAAUAAACGAAGAGUAUUUGAAUCAAACCAAAUACACAGUACCGGAAGAGGAAUUAGAUAUGAAGUUAUUUUUAACACCUGCCAGUAGUAAUGGAUCAGCGGCAGCGGCAUAUGUUGAAGCGGCCGCAGCUGCAACUGCUGUUGAUGUGCCUGCUGAAUUGCACGAGCACAGAUCUAGCAUAACGAAGGAUUUGCACCAGUAUGGCACAGAUCAAUUCAAUAUAACCGCAAAUGAGUUAAGCGUGGGAAAUGAAUUUAUCGUUAUGGCGGAUGGUACAGUGGAGGAAGUCAUGGGCAACGGUGUUGUCAUCGAAUACAUUAAUGCUGCGGAUGAUGGUGUAACAUUGGAUAACGGUUUGGUCUUGGACAAUAUUAUGCAAGUGCAACAAACUGGCGAUGCUGAACAAAUGGAUAUGGAUGUUGAUGAUAUUAUAAUAGAAGAAAAUGUUGGUGGUAAUGAUUUAUCUCUCUCCAGUCUGGCAUCCAUUUCGAUGGGACCUGAGACCACAGUGCAGACGCUACAAAAUAUUGAAGAUGAAUUGCCGCCACCCUCAAUAAUAUCUGUAAAUAGCUUAGUUGCCGCUAAGCGUAUUAAGUGUAAGAUUUGCACCAGUAACUUUCAGACACAAGAUCAACUUAAAACUCACAUGCUAACGCAUAAUGAAAUACCGCACUUCUUUUGCGACCAGUGCACGUUUUACACUUUCUUUAAGAUUGAUUUAACACAACAUUACAAAACCAAACACAAGCUGCAGCCAACACAAAAACAACUGCAACCGAAAAAUAAAGUGAGACCGAACGACAAAUUUGGCGAUCUUAAACAUAUAUACGCAUGCGAUUUGUGUCUCUUCGAAACACGUAUAAAGUCGCACUUACGCCGCCAUUAUUUGAGUCAGCAUCAAGAAGAGGCGACCGAAGUGCAAUUACGACCGACAAUCGAUGAAUCAGCUGAUUUAACGGCACCUGAUAUGUCACCGCCAGAAUCACUAAACAAACAGCGUGGUGGUAAAACGUUACGCCCAGAUUAUAUCAAAGGUUUAAAUUGUAAAAAGUGUUCAAAAACAUUUUAUUGGCGCGAAAAGCUCAAAGAACAUUAUAGACAACACAGUUUGGAAGAGAGCAAUGGCAUAGAUGCAUCAGUUGGCGUUGGCGCAGCUACAACCGGCGUAAUAGAGAUAUCUGCGCCGGGUACAAGUUUACUAAAACACCAUACAUUUCAAUACCACAUGCCUCAACAUGAUAAUAAUAAUGUAAACACCAUAAUCGAUGCAACAAAUAUCGCUCACAACAACAAUUAUAACAGCACUGUUGAUGCCAGUGUAAUUGACGCACAAGCAAUUGUCGACGCAGCCGUGGCGGAAGCUCAAGCCGCUUCUAUGCAACUGAACAUGCAAAUGAAUCAGCCAGCGCCGGACAUUAUAAUGGAUAUACCAGCAGUGACGUCAAUUUCCAGCACCACCACAGUGCCGCUGGCUACAACGACUGUUAAUGCGAGCGAUGUCAAUGUCAUGCAACAGCAAGCUGUAACGGUAAUGGCCGGCUAUGCUUGUCCACAAAUACCAUCGGAUGCCAUACCGCAAGUGGUUGAAACGGAUACAACCAUAGAUAAUAGCGAAUUGGAUUUUGUUUUUAAUGAUGCGCUUUUCGAAGAUUUCGAAGAAGACGAAAAUGAGGACGAAGAGAAUGAAGAGGAUGAUGGCACGGACUUUCAAGACUUGCUGCUCACAAGUGAUGACGACUUCGACGAUAUGUUACAGGAUCAGCAGCAACAACAGCAUGAUGCGGGCGUUGAGGCUGGUGGUGGCGCAGCGGUGAACAGCAGCAAUUAUCAGCCAUAUUGUGUGCACUGCAAUAAAAAGUUUUUAAGUCAAUAUCAAUUUGAAAAUCACAUGUUCGUGCAUCGUGGUUUAGCCCCAUACCGCUGUGAAAUGUGCACUAAUUUGUAUAAUACGAAGCGUGCACUGAUUCGCCACUAUCGCGCGGUGCAUAAACGUAUACCAACGAGGGAUAUGAUACAAGCUAAGGGAGACAAAGUUGUUGUGGAUCACACGCCGAUUGAACAUUUGAAUCUGAUUGAACAAAAAGCGGUGACUUUAAUGUGUGCGAAAUGCCCUUACGAAUCGGUUGAAUUGCAAGUUAUGCAAAUGCAUUUGAACACCAUACAUGGCCUUGUUGAUGAGAACUACAUACUACAAAAAUUACCGUUUGAAUGUCCACGUUGCAUCCGUUCAUAUGCGACGAGAGCGCGUCUGAUACGCCAUUUGGAGCGCAGUCAUUCGGUGGCGACUAUAAUACAACAACAACGCCCCACAAGUAACACUAUGCGAAAUCAACAACAACAACAAUCAUAUAUAACAAUAAAAGACAUGUCUAAAACCACAGUAGCAACAACAACAGCAGCUGCAGCGUUAUCCACAUCUGCCAUAGCAGUGACAACAACAACAUUAACAACGACCAAUUCAAGUUGCGGCCGAGGCAUAAGAACGCAUUCAUAUCAAUACAACUACAACAACAAUGGCGCUGAUGAUGUUGAUGUCAACGAAAAAGAUGUUGGUAUUGGUGUUGGCGUUCAUGGUGGUGGUGAUGGUAUUGAAGACAAUAACAACAACAGCAACAAUGAUGCAACCACAACUACAACUAAACAAGCAACGCUUAAAUCUAAAUCUACAACCACCAGGGACAAGCAGAAAUCCACAGAAACAACAACAAAAACAACAAAUGCUACGACAACAAGUGCAACUGCAAGUGCCACAAACACCAUCAAUGCAGUUGACAAAAUAAUCGGCUAUGAUAGUAUAUACCAUGAAUUGCAUGAAAACAACGAACUCUUCGAUGAAUAUGCCUGUGGCAUGUGUUCGCAAAGUUGGCGCACCGCAGCCGAAUUGCAUGCACACGAAUGCAUACGAGCGGUGGACAACAGCAGCAACGCUACCACUGUGGCCGUACGCACGGCCAGCGAGUCUGUAGGCCUUAUCAAUUCGGAACGUUCACUAUAUCUCUUCAAAUGCGAUAUAUGCCAUUGCAAUUACAAGUCCAGUGAAUUACUGAAACAUCACAUGAAACGUCAUACGGCGCGCAAAUUUAGCUGCAAUCACUGUCCGAAAACCUAUAUCAAUCGCAGCGAAUUGAAAUUCCAUCAACUCACCCAUACGGGCGAGAAGCCGCACAAGUGUGAGUUGUGCCCGAAACAGUUUCGUUAUCCGCAUCAUUUGAAACGACAUUACGAUGUUGUACAUUUGGGCAAGCGUGCACGCUGUCCCGUGGAGGGUUGCGGCCGCACAUUCACCACGCAAGCACAAUUAAAGAUACAUUCGUGGAUACACGACGGCAAUGAACCGUAUCGCUGCAAGUACUGUAGGGAAACGUUCAAGAAACGCGAAUAUUUACGUAAACACACGCGCCGUGUCCACAAAUGCGAUCUAACUGAGGAGGAAAUUGCCGAAAUUUAUCGCCAAAGUGUUGGUCACACCAAUCCGCACGAUUUCACAGUGUCACUCUCCAAUGGGCGCAUGUUGCGGCGUUCAGAUCUCGAAUUGGCCGCCCAGCGUCCUCACGAAUAUGCAAACGAUUUGGGCGCCGAAACAGCAGUGACCACAGCCGCCGCAGAGGUAGCUGCCGUUAGCACCGUUAAAACGGACAUCGAUGCAUCGAACGCACUCUCACCGCUACUAGCAUCCAAUACACAUAAUAAUAUGAAUAUGAAAUUCGGCAUGGGCGUUGAGGAGGAGGAUGAGCAUGCUACUGGCUCCGUAUCGCAUGUCUCGCAGAGCAGCACUUCCUUGUCCACGCAUGAGGAAAGCAUACACACCUACAUCUUGCCCGGCAUGGAAGAGCACGGCCAGUUGCCACAUUUCAAACUCGAAAAUUCUGGCUCAUUUUGAAGUGACACACAAGUGUCUACAUAAAUUUGCUGUGUAUUCGCCCUCAAUUGCCAUUGGUUGUGAGCACCUUUACCACCAACGUCGCGACCGUCACCACCACCUUUAGCUCCAUCAGAAGUUUUUAAAAUUUUAUCUAAAUAUUUGCAAAUAUAUUUUAAUAUAAACAGUUACUAAACACAUUACUGUAUAUACACACAUACAUAUAAGCGGACAUACAGCAGUUUUGUGUUUGCAUAUAUCUACACUUAUUUAAAUCAUUGUUUGGCCAGAUAUAUAACAGUAAUAUGGCUCGAAGAAAAGUAAAGUAUUUAUGAUUAAACUACAAAUAAUCUUGGGUUUUUUUAAAAGAAAAAAAAGUUGAAAUUAAGUUAAUUGAACAUUUGUGCAUAUGUAAAUUCAUACAUACAUACAUACAUACAUAUUUUUGUUCACAUACCCACACAUAUGCACACCGUAGCAUAAAUGCUAUUGUAGAUAUUUAAAUGCUAAAAGUAAUGUAAAUUAAUAAUAUUAAUAAUAAUAAUUAAAAAUAUGUCACUA